AAGAGAGCAGCAGCAGCUCUCUGUUUGUCUUUUGGUUGGUGACAACACAGGAACAUGUGGUCAUGCAGCGGCCAAUACGAAGCCCAGAGCAGGCGAUCAACACUGUAAGACUGUAGCAGCAGCAGCAGCAGCAGCAGCAGCAGCAGUAGUGCUGGCACCGGAGAGGAACUCCGCCGUCCGUCCCCUGCAGAAAGCAACCCCCUCUAAAAGAGACAUAGAGAGAGGGGGGAGAGACGGAGAAGAUUUGUUAAUAGAGCAGAGGAGGAUGAGGAAGCAGUGGGAAGGGGACGUUUUAGAGGAGGCUGCACAGAGGCAAAAACAAACAGGAUAGUGAAGGUGGCAACCCGAGAAGUCCUCCCCUCUACCUCCACAGAGGAUGUCAAAUUAGUCCUUAUUCAGCAAGGAGCGAGAGCAUCAACCUGAGGAUCAGAUGUUGUCCACGGCUCAGCAGAUGCUGCAGGAUAGCCGCUCCAAGAUUGAACUGAUCCGACUGCAGAUUAUCAAAGUCACCCAGGCUGGCAGCAGCAGUGGCAGCGGCGGAAUUGACGAGGAAGGUGGCGGAGACCCCAUUCAUGGAGGGACCUCUCCUGUCAGUGCUGUGGAUGCUCGUUUGGCAGAGUUGCAGCACUAUAUGCAGAGAGAGACAGAUGCAUUGGUGCUGGCCAAAGAUGUAGUGAAGCAGCUGGAGGGAAUCUCAUCCCUGGACCAGAAGGCACUGACUGAGGCUCAGACUCGGGUGCAGGAGUCCUCCCAGAAGCUGGAUCUUCUGCGGCUGUCUCUGGAUAAGUACAAGAAGGAAAACAACCAGGAGCCUGCAGGGGGGGCUCUUCCUUCUGAGGGCACUCAGUCCCCCAAAAACUCCAGACCUGGAUAUCCCCUGUCCACCUCCCCGUCCAUAUUCACUUUCAGACCUGCCUUUUUGACUGGGAAACUUGAAGUCAGACUUCUUGGAUGUGAGGAUUUACAUACAUCUCGGACAAACCCAGAGCAGGAAAACCAUCUUUGUCCCUCUGAAGACAGUUCAGAUGCUCACAGGACACAGGGACACCCUGUGGAGGUGAGUGCGGUGCUCCGGUUGGACAGCAGAGUGGUCGGACGGACGUGCUUAGCUGCUGUCGGCAGGCUGACCUGGGAUCAGACGUUCUUUAUCCAGCUGGAGCGGUCUCGAGAGCUGGAGGUCACUGUCUUCUGGCAGGACCGGAGAGCGAUGUGUGCAGUCAAGUUCCUGCGACUGGAGGAGAUGAUGGACAACCAGAACCAAAACCAGGAGUUCACUCUGGAGCCACAGGGCCUCCUCUACGCCAAGCUUCAAUUCAUAGACACUGUUGUUGAGCGGCAGCCGAAGCUGAGGCGUCAGAGAUGUAUCUUCACUAAAGAGAGAGGGAAGAACUUCCUCAGAGCGGCCCAGAUGAACAUGAAUUUUGCCACAUGGGGUCAUCUGAUGAUGAACAUCGUCCCUCGCUACAGCUCCUUCACCACCUUCAGCUCAUCCAUCUAUACGCCCCCCGACCUGGUGGUCAAUAACCCCCCACCUCCAACUGAGAUGGAGCCUCUAGCUACCACUCCACUGCCAAGCGAAUCUCCAGAAGUCAGACUCAGCCUCACUGAGGAUCAGCCGCCUCCCACCAGCCUCCAUCAGGGAGACAACCCAACCGCCAUCAUCACCACAGCACACACAACAUCAUCUGUGCCUGCAUCGCAAGAAAAGCUGUCUUCCAACACAGAAGAAAGUGGAGACCAGCCUGUAUCUGCUCUAAAGAUGCAGAUGGAAGAUUUCAAAUAUUUUUCAGUUCUGGGCAGAGGACACUUUGGGAAGGUUCUGCUGGCAGAGUUCAAGAAGACAGGAAAACUGUACGCCAUCAAAGCCUUGAAGAAAAGAGACAUUGUGACACGAGAUGAAGUGGACAGCCUUAUGAGCGAGAAAAGGAUCUUUGAGAUGAUCAACGCAUCCCGACAUCCAUUCCUGGUGAACCUCCACGGCUGCUUCCAGACCAGCGACCACGUCUGCUUCGUCAUGGAGUACUUACCCGGCGGAGACCUCAUGAUCCACAUCCACAACGACGUCUUCACCGAGGCCCAGACCAGGUUCUAUUCAGCAUGUGUCCUGCUGGGUUUAGAGUUUCUACACCUGAAUAAAAUCAUCUAUCGAGAUCUGAAGCUGGAUAACCUGUUGAUGGAUGCAGAUGGGUUUGUGAAAAUCACAGACUUCGGACUUUGUAAAGAAGGGAUGGGUCACGGCGAUCGGACCUCGACCUUCUGUGGGACUCCUGAGUUUCUGGCUCCCGAGGUCCUGACAGACGACAACUACACCCGGGCGGUGGACUGGUGGGGGAUGGGGGUCCUCAUCUUUGAGAUGCUCGUUGGAGAGUCCCCAUUUCCUGGUGAGGAUGAGGAGGAGGUGUUUGACAGCAUCGUCAAUGAUGAUGUGCAGUAUCCAGGGUCUCUUCCUCCUGAUGCGGUCUGCAUCAUCAAGAAGCUGUUGAAGAGGAAUCCUCUAAAAAGACUCGGAGCUGGAGAGAGAGAUGCAAAUGAGGUCAAAGGGGAGAAAUUCUUUGAGUCUAUCGACUGGGAAGCCCUCCUUACUAAGACAGCCAAGCCACCAUUCCUGCCGUCAAUCAAAGAGUCAAUGGAUGUCGGAAACUUUGACAGCGAGUUCACUCAACUUCAACCAAUCCUGUCGCCUCCCGCCAAACCCUUUAUCCUCUCUGCCGAGCAGCAGGAAGCCUUUGCAGACUUCGACUUCUGCGCCUUGCACGGAUGAAAGACGAGCUGAAAGGACCAGGGUGGGAAAUGUAAUACAUUUAGUCUACGGAUGGAAGUUUUUCCACUUUUGAGUCACUAACCCUAAUCAUUUACAUACUUUUGUAUCAAACCCCACUAUACUUGCAAGUAAAAUAAUUGAAUUGGGUAGCUAUUUACUAUUUUUGGAUAAAAACAUUAGAGGUUUAGCAGUUUAGCCAAAGGACUGAAAACAACAUUUAGAGGACUCUUUAAAAUGUGCUGUAUCAGCUCAGUUAUUAUCAGUCAAUUGUCAUAAAUUAGUGGCAUAAUCAGUGACAAUUAUUAUAAGUGAUUAUUAUCUAAAUAAAAAUAAGGUACCAAGAGUAAAAGUACUUUAGCAGCAUAGCCCAUUUUAGAAUAAUGUAUAUUAUUUUAUUUUAUUUUAUUGGUGCAUUAAUGUGUUUUAGAGAUGCAUUCUAUUAUUCAAUCUACAGAAAACUAUCUGGCAACAAUUUGUGAACUCAAUUAAACACUAAGGUUAUUUUUAUUGCAUAAGAAUGCUGUUUUCAGGCCCUCAAAUCUUCUCUCUCUAUUGAAUAUCCUGGGAUUAAUGUAAACAUACAUUUAAAGACAUCAACAUGGCCUUUGACAAAAUAAAAAGGAAAUUUUCACAAAUAUUUGGACAUUUUAUAAACCAAACUAUAACCUAAAAAAAUCUAGAAAAAUAGUCGGCAGAUUAAUAUUGAAAGUCUGCAAAGUUGAGUUAAAAGGUAUUGGAGUAAAAUAUACAAGGUAGCAUAAAAUGGAAAUACUGAAGACAAUCACAAGUACCUCUUUAGUACGUUUAUACGUUUCCCAGCCUGGUCUUGAUAGCACCAACUGAACUUAAACCCUGUAAAAUUCUGCAGCUCAUUCAUUUACAACAGGAACUAUCAUACAAACCCAUGGCUGAUUUUGCUGACUGUUCUGACCGCCAUCCAAUCGACGGCCAAUAGUCGAUAAAAUAAACGAGGCAGCAUUUUGUUUUUGUAACAGAGCAAAAGAAAGUGAGUAUAACCCUUCAUAUUUUCUGUGGAGAAUGAAGCUUUGCUCUGUUUGUUCAAGCAGUAAUAAUAACUCACAUGCUGUUGCUACAAAGAGUUUAUUUAUGAGAUCUGGUCAGGUGAAAUGUCUACAAACAGGAUGCUUGAAGAGUUCAUAACAUUAUCACCCCAUCUUUAUGGUUUACUUUCAUGAAUUAAAUGCUGGAACAUUUGUUCCGAAUCAGAACAAAUGCAGGGGGUUUACAAAAGAGUGCAAACUAAAUCUUCAAUUACUGUAUCCAUGCAGUUAAGACUGGCAAGAUAGUUCUUGAGUCAAGUUAUUUAAAUUUUUGAGGUUGAAAAUCAUGUCUUCCAAUCAAUGUUUGUCAGCCUAAUGAAUAUGUGACCAUUGUUCAUUGUCAGUCCAUUGACGUCAUCAUUUUAGCCACUUUUCCUCUUGAUACACUACAUAUUUUUUCUAAUUUUGAAUCUGAUGCACCUUAGUUUAGGCAGCAACUGCUUUGUUCUCUAAGAGUCUGUAAGCUGCCUUGAUGAUUUUCAUACCUCUCUGAAGGUUAACACAUGCUGUAAUGCUGACUUGUAUUUACUUGUGUAGCAGUGUGCCUCACUUGCUGGUGUGUCAUUCAAAAACAGGGUUAUAUGUGAUGGGGGGGAGGAUAUGUUUCACAAAUCAUCACAACACAAUAUUACAAAGGAAAAUUACAAUGACACGAAGCAUAAAGGAAAACAUCUUCAAAAGAAUAUUAAAAUCCAUAGCAUGUACAUACCCUUGAUAAAGUGAAAAAACAAACACUAAAUGAAAUUAUUUGGUUCACCAGAUAUUUAUUUGCUGUAAUCAGUCUCAACAAUCCAAGACUGAUGAGUUAAUAAUGACUCCUCCAAAACAAUUCAGCUUAGUUCAACGACUGUAAGAGCUAGAUAAUCUAGCCAGGUAGCUAUCUGGCUAAGCUUUCGCUAAGUCACUCAUGAUAACAUUUUCAUGCUAGCUGUUAGACUACUUCUUUUUUACAACACUUUACUGCCCGAAGCCACCUGAUACCAAUUAGAAUGUGUAAUAUCAAGUUUUUUUUACUUGACUACUGCUAACUACAAGCCUUCUACUAAAACCAUAGCUGUUAGCAAUAUCUGUGUUAGAUAACAUUGACUUGACUUAUGCUGACUGCCAUUUGUUUCAUGCUCAUCAAGUUGAUUAUUUAGCUAUAAGACAGUGUUCAUCAAUGUAAAACCAAACUCAUCCUUAUGUAUUAGCCUGUCUUUGGGCAGAAACAGUACGCAAUAUAUGUAUGAAUAACCAGUCCUAGCCUCUUUAACCAUCCUGUGUGUUGGAGACAGAUUCUGCUUGCUUUGUGGCCUUUGCUUAUUAUACAAUAUUUGUCCUUCAGAAGUACAGUACAUGCUGCCAAUUCUAUGCAUCACUGUGACAGGCUUUGCCCACUGCCUUGACCAAACAAACGAAACACACUAACCCAAUUUCUGGUUACAAGCCUUUUUUUAAAACAUGGAAAUGUUUCAAGUACUUCCCUCGUAAAGCAAAGAUGCAUCUAUCUCCACCUGACCAACAGUUUUUUAGCAGAAGUGCAUGGCACCGUGAUGAACUUGUGCACUAGAAAUUCUAUAAAUCCUAUAAAUACUAUACUAUAUAUAUAAAAGGUAAGCCAUAGAGAAUCUUAUAUA